AGUAGCAGCCCCAGGAAUCUCAUGCACAAUUCUAAUAAUGUCAAGGACACAGAGUGUAUGUCAUCAAAUAAACCUGAAUGGGGACAAUGUAUUGGGUAAGGUUUUUCGUGAAAAAGAAACAACACUUCAGCGGGUCGCUCUUCAGCAAGAAUGAAAUGGUGAACUUUGACUUUGGGAUUGACAAAGGUUUAUUUUUUUUUGGUUGCUCGGCUGCUUUUACUGCUUACUGAUUGAAGAUUGAGCCGGUCUCCUCCUGCCUGUGGACCAUGGCGAAGAGUGCCGAAGUGAAGCUGGCCGUCUUCGGGAGAGCCGGCGUUGGCAAGUCAGCUAUUGUAGUCAGAUUUCUGACCAAGAGGUUCAUCUGGGAAUAUGACCCCACACUGGAGUCAACCUAUCGCCACCAAGCAACCAUUGAUGAGGAAGCAGUUUCUAUGGAAAUCUUAGAUACAGCUGGCCAGGAGGACGCCAUUCAGAGGGAAAGUCACAUGCGUUGGGCAGAGGGUUUUGUCUUAGUUUAUGACAUCACUGACAGAAUUAGCUUCGAGGAAGUGAUUUCACUGAAGAACUUCCUGGACGAAAUCAAAAAGCCAAAAAAUGUGACCUUGAUCCUUGUGGGUAACAAGGCGGAUCUAGACCACUCCAGGCAGGUCACCACAGAAGAAGGGGAGAAGAUGGCUACCGAAAUGGCCUGUGCUUUUUACGAGUGUUCAGCUUGUACCGGAGAAGGCAACAUCAAUGAAGCAUUCUAUGAACUGUGCAGAGAGGUGAGGCGGCGUAAAAUGAUCCAAGGCAAGACAAGACGGAGAAGCUCUACGACCCACGUCAAGCAGGCGAUCAACAAGAUGUUGACCAAAAUAAGUAGUUAAAUAUGUGGGGAGGAAAAGAUUUUUCAAAACAGAAAAGAGGUAGAGUUAUAUUACAUAAAAUAGGAAAUAAGCAGUUAAGGGUGUUUGCUUUCCAACUCCAAGUAGCUUCAAAUAUGCCAAAUGGACAAAACCCAGCAGUCACCUGAUAGAUACUAAUGGUGUUCCAUAGCAUUAGGCACCACACUUCCGAGUGUGCAUCGGUCUGAUAACUGUCACUGUGUAAAGGUCAAUAAGACUCCUUUUUAAUUCCCUUCCACACCCAAAUACUAAAUUAAUUUUAGGUUGAAAUGGGUUAAAGUGUGAAAAAAUAAUGACUUCGUGUUUUUAACUCUUCUGAGAGGUAUACCUAUUUUUAAGUUUAAUAAAAGGACCAGUUCCAUUUGAAGUCAAUAUUUGAGCAGAUUCAAAACACAAGAUAUUGGUUUUCAGAUAACAACCUGACUUAUCAACAGAUUAAGAUCUUCAGAAUCCUACCACAGUGGCUUAGCUGGUUAAGGUAGUGAAUCAGUCCAUGGAUCAGAUUUGAUCCCAGAAUCACUUGUGCUGAGUUAGCUGAUCUCAGCCCGUGUGACAGUAGGCUUGCUGUAGUUGGCCUCAGCACCCCCUGGGUUAGGGCGGAGUUAAAGUAAACUUUGGUUCCCACUCCCAACUGCUAUCCAGCAAUCCCUGCUGGAAAUGCGCAUGAUGAGGACAGGCUUGAGUUUGCCUGUGAAGCCCCCUCCAUGGUCAAACUGACUGCCAACAACUCAUUGUUCUGGAUAUGAAUAGUGGACAGUUGGGCAAAGUAUUGGAGGGGUACUGCCUCUCAUGGAUCAUGACCUUCCUUCCCCCAGCAAGGUGAUAACACCAUCAGAACAGAGGAAGAAGUGAAAAAAAAUACAAUAUACGUUGCUAUAGCACUGCUAUGAGUUUGAAAUUAUGAUAAACUUCUAAAUUGUAAAUAUAUAUAUACAUUAUAUAUAUAUAUGCUGUUUUAAAAGAUCCAAAUAAAAUUGGAUCUAUUUGAAUACUAUGCAGUUUAAUUGGAUCCCAUUGUACUGCUGACCAUUUACCAUAGACAUUUCUGAUAAAUGCAAUUGAUGCUUGGCUAGGAAAAGCUGUCGGUCCCUUUCAUUUAGGCUGUGUUUUUAAUAUUAAAUCCAAGGUUGGCCAUCUCCUGUUGAUUGUUUACACAGCACUUUGUACAAUCUAUAACAGGUUGCCAUUUUUGGAGACUGUAAAUUGUUAAUUGAUAUUGUGAUUUGUCAAGCUAUUAAUUAAAUUCAUUAGAUCUGUUAAUCAGUUAUUAAAGUAUCAAACAGCCUCUAAAAAUUUAGAACAGUUUCUGUAUACUGUACAAGUUUUCCAUUUUUGAUUUUUUUUCCCAUUAGAAGUAAAUAUGUUACUUGUUUCUUUUUAAUAAAUGCUCUAACGUUUUCUCUUGUAAGUUGUUUUAAAAAGGUCCAAAUAAAUUAAAUGUAGCACAAGGAUAAUUCACUUGUUAAAUGCUACAAAUUACAAAAUGAAUACAUUAAAAAUGAGAGUUAUUUGCGUUAUACCCUGAAAUAUUUGAGAUGUUUUGUUAUGAGAUUGAUUUAUCUUCCUGUAGGUAACUCCUUAAAUUGUACAACUAACCACUGACUUCGGAGUAUGCUUUGUGUUGAAAAAUUGAACAAAUAUACAAAAGAGGUCUCCUCAUAUAAUUGCUGUCACUUUGCUGUUGUAACUUGCUUUUCCAUGUAAAAUAAAUCCUGAAAUAUU